AUGACUAAGCACUGUUCUCCCCUUCUAAUGGCCUGUCUCUCACCUGUAAAUGGUCAAUUAAUUUUCUCGUGUUAUGUGUGGUCACAGAUAUCAAAACUGAGCAUGAUUCCUGUGGUUUGCGUGAUGGAAUGGAUACUUCACAAUAAGCACUACUCAAGGGAAGUGAAAAUGUCAGUGGUGGUUGUGGUUAUUGGUGUUGGUGUUUGCACUGUAACUGAUGUGAAAGUUAACUUGAAAGGUUUCAUAUGUGCCUGUUUAGCAGUUCUGUCAACAUCUUUGCAGCAAAUUUCAAUUGGUUCUCUUCAAAAGAAAUAUUCAAUUGGAUCGUUUGAAUUGCUAAGUAAAACUGCUCCCAUUCAAGCGCUUUUUCUUCUUAUUCUUGGUCCAUUUGUUGAUUACUAUCUUAGUGGCAAAUUGAUAACCAACUAUAAGAUUUCUUCUGGUGCCAUUUUGUGCAUUAUUCUUUCAUGCUCGCUAGCUGUAUUUUGCAAUGUGAGCCAGUACCUUUGCAUCGGACGCUUUUCAGCCGUUUCCUUCCAGGUUUUAGGCCACAUGAAAACAGUAUGUGUUCUGACGUUGGGAUGGCUGCUAUUUGAUUCGGAGCUAACUUUCAAGAAUAUCAUGGGAAUGAUUAUCGCAGUUCUUGGCAUGGUAAUUUACAGUUGGGCUGUAGAGGCUGAAAAGCAGUCAAAUCCAAAGACAUUACCUCAUCAUGCGAAAAACAGCAUGACGGAAGAAGAAAUUAGACUAUUGAAGGAUGGAUUAGAAAAGAUUCCUCUGAAAGAUGUUGAACUUGGUGAGGCUGAAGGAUAGAUUGACUCGGAUUUGGAGGUGAAUUGUUGAUAAAUGAUGCAGGCAAUUAUGUUGUGUAUUUCUUUAAUCUGCUUUGUGCCUUUUGUCUAGUCCACUUAGUAGUAAAACCUCGUUUCUAUUUGCUUACACUGGCAUCCAGUUCAUCAGUAAUGUUUCUUUAUUAGUUUUAUUUGUUACUUUUGUUAUGUUGAGGUUAUUUAUUUGGUGUGCCAAGAAAUUGCUAGAUGAACAAUAUGAUGGCACCAUUAAGAUGUAUAAUUUGUACGCUAAUGAAAAGCGAUAUCAAUCCCCUAUAACACUUUUUUGUUUGUUAUGAA